CUGUUGACUUUGACGGUAAGUGGUUUAGAGACUAGAGCGACUUUGCCUUUUACCUCUUUGGUGGUUGUUUGAAACACUACCCUGCAGACUCUCGUUGUUCUAACUCAGCUGUAUUGUUCGCUCUCCUUCGACAAGACGAUCCUAAGGCGUUGGCUGGUGUUAUCAAUUUUCUUGAAACCGACCACCCUUUCGUACAACCCCGGUCCGUUCGGGCUUGUUUCUACAACGACCUUAAACUAAACGGCUAUGGCUGAAGGAACCCUCGCAUCGGCGGUCGCUCUGCCCGAUCCCCAAGAAGACCACCAAACCACAACAGCAGGACAGAAACGGCGCCAGUCCUCCUCCGCCACAGAGCCAGGCGAGGACCCCACGACAGCAGCAGCAGCAGAGACCAAACGCCGCCGAUUGAGCACCUCCACAUCCCCCUCCCAGAACCACGCCGCAGACACAACCGACCAACCCCCCGUAUCAGACGCAACCUCAAACCCCCUUCCGUCCCCGGAGGAGCCCAAACACCAACAACAACAACCUCCUCGCCGGCCCGGGGCAGGCCGGAAGGAGGAGGAGCGCAAACGCGGCCAGCGGCUGUUUGGCGCCCUGCUCGGCACGCUCUCGCAGAGCAACUCGAACACAGCGGCCCAGAGGCGGCGGGCCGAUAUCGAGAAGCGGCAACAGGAUAAGCUCAAGCUGCUGGAUGAGGAGUAUGGGGAGCUGAAAAAGAAGAGGCGCGAGGAGAGGGUCGAGAGGCGGAAGAAGUACCAGAGGGCCUAUGAGGAGGAAGCGAUGCGCACGCGGCAUGAGAAUCUUUUGGCUACGGCGAGGUUUUUGAAGACGGAGGCCGAGCCUGUUUUGUACUACAAACCAUGGCAAUUGAGGUCGGAGGAUGAGGCGAUUAUCGACGAGCAGAUCAGAGAGGCGGAAGCUACUGUCGCGCGAGAAACGGCAGAGUUAGAGGCUCGGUACUCUGCUCCGAGCCAGGAAGACAAUGCAGAUACCACGCGGAAGUCUGAAGGCACACAGGAGGAAGCUCAGGAACAAGCGCAACCAGAGGCCCAGGAACCCAAGAGCGUACCUGACGAGACUCCUGAAUCUGAAAACACCGGCGCAAACCCCGACGGCGACGCAGAGACGGCUCCACAAGAAGCCACCCCUGCGAAUGAGAGCAGUGUGUCUCUGGCGGAUGGCCACGAUGAUCUGCAUCGGGCACACGACGACGACGGCGGAGAGGUGGUCGAGGACCAGGAGGACACUGUAAUCUACUGAGAAACUACCACUGAAGCUGUGGGCGAUUUACGCGAUUGUACUUUAUAAUGGCC